AAACUCGUCCACAGUGAAUUCUAUUUUCAAACAAUGCAUUAUUGCCGCGAAAGUUACAAAGAAAAAAAGUUUUGUAGCGAAAAAUAUCAACUUUUAUUGAAUUUUUAUGAGAAAUGGACGAUAUAAGUGGUGAAAGUAGUCAAUUUAGUUUGAAAGACGAUAUAUUCAGUCAAUAUGACGAUAAUUUCGUUACUGAAGAUUGUUUGAAAAGUUACGAAAGUAAUAUUGGAUCUAAGAAUGAUGAGAUGCGUGAAGGUAAUUAUUUUUUAACCAUUUUUAUAUAUCUAACCAUACAUAUAAAUACAUACAAAGAAAAAGAACAGAAUGUUACCCAAACCAAAAUAAUACCUACAUUUGGUAAACAGAAGAAUUUGAAAAAAGACAACAAGAAACCUACUGCCAAGCCUAAGAAAUUUGUUCCACCGGUUAAAAAUAACAUUACUGAAGUAAAUACGAAUAAAACUGGCUAUUCAGAUGAAAGUUUGACACAGAACUCGCAAUUGACCCAAUAUUUGACUGAAAAUUCUUCAAAAACUAAUGAUUUUGUACCUUUUACACAAUUUACGGAUACUACUAGUAUAAAUGAUUCAACUCAAAAUGUAUUUCCCAAACCCUUGAAUGAGACUUUUAAUUCAAAUAUAAAUAGCGUAGAUUAUGUAGACAAUAGCUAUGGAAAUAUUGGAUAUGACAAUGAUAAUAUUUUCGAAGAUAUUAAUCGUGUAUCAUAUGUUAAUGAAAUACCACAUACACAAGAUAUUGUAAAUGAAAAUACUUUUCAAAAAAAAGUUUCGCUGCCAAAGAGGAGGGAAGGUAUCCUAGGCUGUAUAAUAUCAAAUUCCUUAAACAUACUAGACAAUGAAGAUAUAAUACCUACAGAUCUAUCCCAGAAUUCAGAUAACUCAAGCGUAAAAAAUCUGUCACAAAGUCAAAACCAAUCUUUUUGCUCUGUAACGUCUUUGAGUAAAACUUACAAGAAUUUGGACUGCAAUAGUUUUAUUAACGAUAUCUAUAAAAUACCACAGGGCAAUGAUUUUUUAGACCUUUUCAAAAAUAAUGCCUGUAAAAAGGUUAAAUAUGUCCCUAUGACCAUAGAGUAUGGUGAUAUAGGAUUUAAUCUAAAAUACUCGGAAUAUAUGAAAAACCAAAAUGGUGAAGUAUUUGAGAGAAGCGAGGAAGAAAUUGAUACUUGUACGAAAAUAAUAAAUAUGUAUCCGAAAGAAAAUAGUAUUUUGAAGAAGAAGUUAAAUAUGUAG